AUGUUUAACUCGGUCAACCUGGGCAACUUCUGCUCGCCGUCGCGCAAGGAGCGGGGCGCUGAUUUCGGCGAGCGAGGGAGCUGCGCCUCCAACCUCUACCUGCCCAGUUGCACUUACUACGUGCCCGAGUUCUCCACGGUCUCCUCCUUCCUGCCCCAGGCCCCUUCUCGCCAGAUCUCCUACCCCUACUCCGCCCAAGUGCCCCCGGUCCGGGAGGUCUCCUACGGCCUGGAGCCCUCCGGCAAGUGGCACCACCGGAACAGCUACUCCUCCUGCUAUGCGGCCGCCGACGAGCUCAUGCACCGGGAGUGCCUGCCUCCUUCCACCGUCACCGAGAUCCUCAUGAAAAACGAAGGCUCCUACGGCGGCCACCACCACCCCAGCGCCCCGCACGCGGCCCCCGGCGGCUUCUACUCCUCGGUCAACAAGAACAGCGUCCUGCCGCAAGCCUUCGACCGCUUCUUCGACAACGCCUACUGCGGCGGCGGCGACGCGCCCGCCGAGCCCCCCUGCCCGGGCAAGGGCGAGGCCAAGGGGGAGCCCGAGGCGCCCCCGGCCUCGGGACUAGCGUCCCGGGCUGAGGCGCGGGCCGAGGCCGAGGCCGAGGAGGAAAACACGAAUCCCAGCUCGUCCGGUUCAGCCCACUCGGCGGCCAAGGAGCCGGCCAAGGGAGCCGCCCCCAACGCCCCCCGCACCCGCAAGAAGCGCUGCCCUUAUUCGAAAUUCCAGAUCCGGGAACUGGAGCGAGAGUUUUUCUUCAACGUGUAUAUCAACAAAGAGAAGCGGCUGCAGCUGUCCCGGAUGCUGAACCUGACGGACCGACAAGUGAAAAUUUGGUUUCAGAACAGAAGGAUGAAAGAAAAAAAACUAAGCAGAGACCGGCUGCAGUAUUUCUCGGGAAAUCCUCUGCUGGCUGGCCCCCACCGUCAGCGCCCGCACUUCCUUCCGGGACUUGCUCCACCGGCGGUUCGACUCCCGCUGCGGGACAGGCACCGGGCCUGGAAGGGUGGUGAAGGGACUCGUCUGACCCAGCGCGCGUGGACUCGGCGUGGCGCCGAGGCCAAGACUUUUAAAAGAAAACACACCUCGCGACAAUGUCUUGCUGCUUGGAUUGAGUGGGGGAGGGGCGAGAACCGUGGGCGCCUGAGCCGAACAAUCCUCGAACUAAAAGCUUUCCCUUGCCCCGGUGAGAAGAUCUGCUGAAACAUCGCGUCUUCGAGGGCAGGCUUCCCGGGCCACACGCCCCUACCCAGCCUGCCCCGCUGCUAGGGGGCAGCUCAAUGUGAUCCUGCUUUGCUGUGAAAUUUCUGUACCUUCGACCUGGUGUUAGGUGUGCAAAGUCCGUGUCCUACCUCCGUCUGCGCCCAGGCCCCGCCCAAGCCUAGCUGUUCUCCCUGUGAAUGUGUAGAGCCUCCUUCGAAAUCUCCUAACUGGUGCAUUGAGGUUUCCCAACCUUUUUCCAAAUCGUGACCCACUCCAUGGAUGUAUAGCUAUAGUCUAUGCAGUUGUUACCUCCUUUUUUUUUUUUUUUUAAGGAAAAAAGAAGAUUGGGUGAUCGAAGCAAUAGGGAGAUGGGAUUGGGCGCCUCCCCCAUGCUGGGGCCUGAAUUUUUGUAAAUAAAUUUCACAAGCGUUUCUUUCUACCCCGAGGGCAUGGGGGGAGGACUCAACUGGAAUGAGACUCAGCUCACCCAUCCCUCUCCACGUGCGUGAGUGUGUGUACGCGUGCAGACCCCCUCCUGCUCCUGUCCCAGAGGGACUGUUGUGAAGGUUUUGUUUUUUUUUU